AUGGCCGACUACGAGACCGCUGGAGGCUCACUCAAGUUCAAGGGUGGCGGAGGCAUCAACAAAAAGAAGAAGAAAAAGACCGAUCCAGCCAAAGUGAAGGCAGCCCUGGACGCCAAGGAGUCAACCCCUCCACCCCCCAAACCCAUCCGUGUCCUCGAAAAGACUGCCGCUGAGAAGCGAUUCGAGGAGAUUCACAAGAAACGCCAAGAGGAGAAGGUCCUCAAGUCUGCAAUGAAGUCGCACAAGGAGAAGGUCGCUGAGUUGAACCGGAAACUGGAGGAGAUGACUGAGCACUACGAUAUCCCCAAGGUCGGACCCGGAUAA